CGGCGGAGCACGCGUGUGUUCGGACGCAGUUGCGUGAGCGCUUUUUGCUUCCCUUCGUGCGGUGGAGCAAAGCUCGUUCCUCUCCCCACCCUCAGCCGCGCCGGUUUGACGUUUUUGCUCCUGAAGGUUGAAUUGACCAAAGCAAUGGUUAUGGAGAAGCCUAGUCCCCUGCUGGUCGGGCGGGAGUUUGUGAGGCAGUACUACACGCUGCUGAACCAGGCCCCGGACAUGCUGCACAGAUUUUAUGGGAAGAACUCUUCUUAUGUCCAUGGGGGCUUGGAUUCCAAUGGAAAGCCAGCAGACGCGGUCUAUGGACAGAAAGAAAUCCAUAGGAAAGUGAUGUCGCAGAACUUCACCAACUGCCACACCAAGAUUCGCCACGUUGACGCUCAUGCUACUCUGAACGAUGGUGUGGUGGUGCAGGUGAUGGGGCUGCUCUCCAACAACAACCAGGCCCUGCGGAGAUUCAUGCAGACCUUCGUCCUCGCCCCUGAGGGAUCUGUUGCAAAUAAGUUCUAUGUUCACAAUGAUAUCUUCAGAUACCAGGAUGAGGUCUUUGGUGGCUUUGUCACUGAGCCUCAGGAGGAAUCUGAGGAAGAGGUAGAGGAACCAGAGGAAAGACAGCAGACACCUGAGGUGGUACCUGAUGAUUCAGGAGCCUUCUAUGAACAGACUGUCAGCAAUGACUUGGAAGAACAUCUAGAGGAGCCUGUUAAUGAACCGGAGCCUGAUCCUGAACCAGAACCUGAGCAAGAACCUGUCUCUGAGAUCCAGGAGGAAAAGUCUGAGCCAGUAUUAGAGGAAACUCCUGCUGAGGAUGCACAGAAGAGUUCUUCCCCGGCACCUGCAGACAUAGCUCAGACCGUGCAGGAAGACCUGAGGACUUUCUCUUGGGCAUCUGUGACCAGCAAGAAUCUUCCUCCCAGUGGCGCUGUUCCAGUUACUGGGAUACCACCUCAUGUGGUUAAAGUUCCAGCUGCACAACCCCGUCCAGAUUCUAAGCCUGAAUCUCAGAUUCCACCGCAGAGGCCUCAGAGGGAUCAAAGAGUGCGAGAGCAACGAAUCAACAUUCCUGCCCAGAGGGGACCCAGACCAAUUCGUGAUGCUGGUGAGCAAGGCGAUGUUGAACCCCGAAGAAUGGUGAGGCACCCGGACAGUCACCAGCUCUUCAUAGGUAACCUGCCUCAUGAGGUAGACAAGUCCGAGCUGAAAGAUUUCUUUCAAACUUUUGGGAAUGUGGUGGAGUUGCGUAUCAACAGUGGUGGCAAGCUACCUAAUUUUGGUUUUGUUGUGUUUGACGAUUCUGAGCCUGUUCAGAAGGUCCUUAGUCACAGGCCCAUCAUGUUCAGGGGUGAAGUGCGACUGAAUGUGGAAGAGAAGAAGACUCGAGCUGCUAGGGAAGGAGACCGUCGCGAUAACCGCCUGCGGGGACCUGGAGGGCCUCGAGGUGGGCUGGGCGGUGGAAUGAGAGGCCCUCCGCGAGGAGGCAUGGUGCAGAAGCCAGGCUUUGGAGUGGGCAGGGGCCUGGCUCCAAGGCAGUGAACUGCCCUCCACUGAUCGUCAUUCAGCAUACAACUCUUCGCUCCUGCAGAAUGGUGAAUUUCUUCAACCAGCCUUUCACGUCUUGGAGAAUGACAUAGUCUGUUAUAAACUGCUAAAGUUUGUACAACUUUACUUUUGCGUUAAUGGUGUGUGCUCCCUCUCCUUCCUUCUCCCCGUAGUCCUUCACUUCCAAUUUUGUGGAAUGGUGUUUUAGGAGUAUUGGAUUUAUAAAGAAGAAAAAAGACUGAAUUUCCUUGCUUAUACUUUGCAUAUACAGACUGGACUUUUAAAAAUAGCCAUUUCCCCAAAGGAAUGUGUUUUUCUUAUUACUGACAUUUGGUAUGUUUCAUUCAUUGAAAUAUUUCUCAUUUUCUACAUGUUUUCAAAAACCUGAGAUACAGGAUUUGGUAAACAUUAUGAAGGCAGGAAAAAUCCAAAUUGUUUCUUUGAGAUUCAUAACCUUUUUGUGUACAAAAAUUGCCAUUGGAAAAUUUGACGAGUUUGAUUUUUGCUAGUAUGGCUAAUAACUGAAUAAAAGGUGUUAAUAGUUACUUUGUUUUGGUAUGUGAUGACCAACCAAUUCUGAAAAUUUCUACCACUAAAACUUAAAUUGUGAGAUAGGUUUUAACAUGUCUAGAAUGCAAGUGAUUAGCUUUUUCUUGAACUUUUUUUUUUUUUGAAGUAGGAUUUUUUUUUUCAUGUUUAGUUUGUAUUUGUAAAAAAAAUCAAAAAACAAAAAACAACAAAAAAAAAGAAAAACCACAAAAAAACAAAACAAAAAUCCAAAUAACAAAAAACCAGAGAAAAACUGUUGUGCCUUCUCUUUGUUUGCAAUUUUGACAAUUGUUUAAGCAAAAAUUAAAAACACAUACAAAAAAGUAAAUUAAACCAACCAAAAAACCCACCGGAUUGGUUUUUACCAGGUCAGAGUAUGUGGGAAUUCUGGAAUUCUGUUUUCAUCACCAUGUAUGUCUUCUGUUAAUAUUUGUUAUGCCUUAUUCUAAAAUGGUCUCAAACUGGAAUGCUUUUGGGGACAAAUGUUUCUAUAGAGUCCUUUGACAUGAAUAGUUCUGCAUUUGUAUUAAGUUUUAUUUUGAUAUCUAACCAGAUUCUUAAUCAUAGCCCAUAAGAAGGAAUUUGACUUUAGUGUUGAACUUUGCUGAUACAUUCAAGUGUCUACAAUUUUUUUUUCUGAAAUCAUAGCCAUAUGGUAAAUUUUCUAUUUUGUUAAGGUUCCCUUAUUGAUGGACAUGCAGUGGGUAUUUCUUGGAAACGGCCAAUUUUUAUUAAAAUAUUUCUGGAAGAAAAUUUAUUCUGGUAAUAUAGACUAAUACUCGUUUCGCACGCAUACUCUUGCUGAGUGUUGUGAGCUGGGUGAAGGUUUUGUUUUCACAUAUGUGAGACAAACCUUUGUGUGACUGAUAACUAAUGGCAGGGGCAGUCAGGUUGUCAACUUAAUUUCUUAACAGUGUUCAUUUGUAGGACCAUCUUGAGGACUAGUAUAGAAAUAGGAAUGCUUUGUUUUAUAUUUACUCAGAGUCUAGGUUGGCCAGGAUUGGGGUGGGGUGUGGGUUAGCUAAGUUUAAGUUUUAUAUUACCAGUUUGGUCCUAGUAUUUCAAAUGUCUUGGAAAAAAAAAAUGACUAUCUUCUGCAUAUAAAGAAACUUAGGUGACUAAGUCUUGUGGCUAUUUCUGGGUCAGUCAGUAUAUAUAUUAUAUUUUAGCAUUGAUAGUCCAAGAUGAACUUCAUUUAAAAAGCUUAUCAAGUUUUUGCCUUUGGGUCAGUUUAAAUAAUUAUUUGGUAAUCACUUCAUGUGACCCACAGCAGUCAUAAUUUGAAGAUAGCUUGCACUUUUGUAGCUUACAUUAAGCUUGUUAUGAAAAGAAAGCUCACCUGAAUUCCCUUUGAGAAAACAAUAAGUGGCAGUAACUUUAAAAUCAUAAGAAAUUGUUUUACAAAUAAAUAUCAAAUCAUACAUGACAAAUUGGUUUCUCUUAGAGGUUUAAAGUGCUUUCUAAAUGCAGAAAUUCUCAACUCAUGGUUAAUAUUUUCUAGAGGGUAUGUGGAAAUUCAUGAGAUUUGAAGUUGGGCAUGACUGUAUCUGGCAUUCGUUGGAUUGAGGCCAAGGUGUAUUCUGUAGAAAUGACACAAACCCUUUUCAGAACUCGUGGCUGUGGGUGGGUAGAACAGUCCAGGUAGGUAAAUAGAAGUAAUUUUUUUGAAUUUCUCCUUAGAAGUAAUUUAAUUCUUUUGAAAUUUAACUUCAGAAAUAAUUAGGAAAUGGGGGUCUCAUUAUAGUAACAUUCAUCAACUCUUACAUAGUGAAUAGUCUUUUUCAUAGUUUUGCAGUGUGUGUAUGUGCAUGUAUGUGUGUUUAAAUGUGAAGAAGCAGUAGUAAUAUAUGCCAAAAGCUGCUUAUGAGUUAAUGCAGGGAAUCGCUGCAUAAUCAGAAAAGGUUUUCUAGUAAUCACAUGUCAUUGUUAGAGUUAGGAUGAACAUAAGGGUUUGAAUACUGAGAUUUCUCAUACUCAACACCAUGAAGAAUCCUGGUGCCAUGUGUCACAUUGUUGCACAAAGAAAAAAAACAUAGGAACUGAGUGAUGCAUAUAAUCAUGUAGCUGUACAGUCAAAGCAAGACAGCUCAUCCCCAUGUUGUCAUAUUUUAACAUGCAGUUUUUCAGAGUAAGGUCUGAGCUUAAAACUCUUGAGCCACAAGUAAAUUAGAUGUCAUCCCCAGAACAGUACUGGCAGACACUUUAUGCAUCUCCAGAGCUUUUACAUAGCUAGGCCUUUCAGUCAUCUGCAUGGCAAGGACUGUGUUGCUCCCAAAUUGACACUUUUUCUUCAAGGAUCAUAAUGGCUGCCUGCCCAUUUAUAUUUCGUUGACAUUUAGUGAGUAGGUUUUUACCAUAAUGAAAGAAUUGCUUGGAGACAUUAGUCUGGAAAGAAAGGUUGGCAUUACUGUUCAUUAUUUGAGCAAAUGAGAUCAAUAACUUGGAGUUUUGUAGGUCUCCUUUCGCUUGCAUGUUGUGUGUGAUAACAAAAUGGUAGCCAGUUGUUUUCUGGUUUGGUAAGCAUUUAGUACAAGCCUGACUUCUAGCUGUGGAUAGCAGUAUUUUUAUGGCAUAACAGGUGACUUGAUAGGAGUUUUGUGCCAUCCCUGAUACUUUUGUUCACCCCUAUAUGUGAAAACAUUUAGUGGAAAUGGCACUUUUAUGGAAAGCAACUUGUAAGGCUAUGGUAAUGUUUCUGUGAAGUUUGGCUUGUAGACCCCCUGUUUAUGCUGGGUGGCUUAAUUUUUUUUAGUAGUAACAUUAGAUCUACUGAUGAAAAAUUUCAUCUUGUAUUUCAGUUUAUUUUGGGUGCUACUUCAAAGAAUUUCUGUAGAACCCCAUGCAGAUAAUUGUUGGCCCUUUAGCUCAACAAUUUUAAUCUGGUGGAAGAAGCAAGAUCAUCAACAUUUGGUUGAAUAUGGGGUUUUAACUAAGUUUCUAAUGUACCAAAAGAGAGGCAGUGGAAAAUUGGGUAACUUUUUAUAGAUGUUUCAGAAACUUAGGCCUAGGAAUGGGUCGGUGAAGUACAGGCUCUUGGUGCUAGAUGACAAAAGUUUAAGGGUUUUUCCUUUUAAGAUACUAAUGUGUCUGGCUUGUAUUCUGGGGACUUUGAGGCUUUUGAACUGGUUCUAUAGUUGACUGUAGCAAAGAAGUGGUGGCUCAGGAGGGAAAACAUUUCUCUGUAUCUAUUUACAUUGUUAUAAGUGGAUACGUAGACUAGAAUAGUCUCAACAUGAUCUGGUUGAGGAAGAAGAUGAAGGAGCACCUGAAACCCUCUAGCCAGUUUGGGUUUUGAAGAUAACUUGUAAGGUGAUAAGAAGCAAGGCGAUUCAAUUUCAUGUGACUUGUUCAGAGAAGUAUCCACUUGAAUCCUAGUUGCUUUCUGUUAGUUUCCUGUAGGAAGAGGAAGGUAAUGCUGAUAGUGCAUUUCAUUGUUAAUUCCUAAACCAUGUGAUUAGGUCAGUUAUAGAAAUCUAUUUGAUUAGUAUUUAGAAAUGUGGCCGGUAUCCCAGGUUUGUAGGGGUCGUGCAUAUAGUGAAUUUUUCUAAAAGACAAAGUUAAGAAUUUUUACAGAAGUUUAUUGUCAAAUUUAAUAUUUUUCAGGAAGCUACUUAUGGGAAGAUUGCUUAUUUUUUUGGUAACAACUAGAGGGAGGAUCAUAACCUAUUUAGCCUGGACAUAAUAGCUUUUAACAGUUGAUCUAAUUAAAACUGUUACUGAAUUCCCCGCCCCUCUUCUCCCUUUGAUGUCACCUGUGUGACUUUGGAUAUGUUUACAUGUUAACAUUUUGUGACAAAGAUUGUAUAUACACUGUGAUUUGGUCUCUAGUCGAAGACAUACCGAGAUGUUGAUGUAGGAUGUAGGGAUGGAGAAAGGACUUUUUUUAAAGCAUUUUGUGCACACUUAAUAAAACAUUUUAAAAUAAGUUUCUUAUGGUAGAAAUUAGGUUUUGAAAGGGUAGAAGUAGACUCUGGCUAAAUGAGUAGGAGUUGUAUAAUUUAUAUGGAAAGCCUUUUUUUUUUUUUUUUUUUGAAAAGACAUUUUUAUCUUCCCACUGUUACACUAGCAAUAGGAGAUAGAAUUCUGCUAAUUUGAGGGUCAGUGCUGGAAAAGACUGAGGGGGUUUGUAAAGCAUCCCUUCAUUUUACAAAAGAUGAAGAUGGCUCGGAACAUGAGCACAGUCUCACAGCUGCUUGCGAACAUAACAGGGGAGCUUCUGGGGUCAGCAGUCUGGCUUGGCAUUAGGAAGGAAGGCCAGAAGGGAAGCCACUACAUUUUUGUUUGCUUACUCUUGCUGCCUUGGUUCUCUAGUUGAGUCUUGACACAUAGAUUUUUCUGUGUUUGUGCUCAGCUCUCUCUUGGGACAGUAACUUGACUGCCCUCAGGGAUGGAUGGACUCAGCCAUCAGAAAGCUAUUGGAUAUCCUCAUGUGUUACCAGCUAUGAUUGUCUUGUACUUGCUGUGGCAUCUUGCAUUCUGUACUCUGGCGUUGUUACCACAGUAAGCUCUGAGGUGGCAGCAGCUUGGUCUUAGGAGGCAUGUACCCUCUUUAGUGCCUGCAGUGCCGUGUAUGUAGCCAGACAUUGCUGAUUCCCUGGCUUCAAGUGCCUUCUCUUUCCAGAAGACAAACUUGAAUCUGCACCUUCAUUUUCAGUCUCUUUGCCUCUGAAUUGUGUUUUUAUGAAAUACUUGUCUUGCCUCCUAACAAAAGAUAUACAGCAGGAAUUGGGUGGUCCUCUUUUAGGGUUGGAAUUUAUUUGAAGGGAGGAACACGUUUAUUUUCACAUACUUCUGGUCUACAUUGUCCUGUCUGUUGAAGGCUCUGUCCUGACUUCCAUGUUUAAAACUGUUCCUUGAGCACUUGAUAACUUUUUCAUAGUUCUUAGCCUCGCUUUCCACCUUAGAGUUGGGAUUAUGUUACUUGUUUUGCUACUUUCUUGGACUGUAAGCUCCUAGCGGACAAGGGCUCGGGGAAUGUAUUCAUGUAUUGUACUGGAAAGUACAGUUACUGUCCUGGAGUUACUAAGUGAUAAUUUAGUAGAUCAAAUAGCAAUGUCAUUUUCUGUUUCCAGUCUCACAAAGGAAGCCUAUCUAGACACAGGGCUUAGUUGAGGAAAUAUUAGCAACUAUGAAUUUCAGUGGAGGAUAUUUUGGAAAAAUUUUAGUGCAGAGGCAAAGUUGGUGAGGAAGUUACUAGUUUGAGGUACUUCCAACCCUGAUGUGAGUAAUCAGCUCUUUGUUACUGAUUUGUGCUGAGUAUGUCCCAGGCACUUGCAAAAUUUCCUGUGAGAUUUUUAUUUAUGUUCACAAACCUAUCCCCUUCAUUGCUCUUACAUUUGAUAAUAUCACCCAUACUGCAAGUUCAAGUCACCUGCUUUUCUUUUUGUAACUCCCAUGUCGAGUCUCAGCUAAGUCCUGUCGGUUCUACCUCAACAGUCUUUACGUCCCGCCUUACCUAGGCUAGGUAAUUUCAAUAGGCUGUCACCUACACUUUACCUCUUGGUCCAGGUCUGAUCAUGUAUCCCACAUGUGUUCUAUCUCCUCUACUAGACUGUAAGCUCCCGAUGGGCAGGAUCUGGGUCUGAGUCUUCUUUGUACCUCCCAUAGCAUCUUACCAAUAAAUAUUUCUUGAAUGAA